AUGAAAGGAAGAGAAGGCAAAGGACCUCCUUCAGCAGAUUUAUUGGUAUGUUUUCCUUCUAGAGCACAUCUAACCCUAAUGCCGAAGCCCAUUUGCAGCCCAGCUAGGCCCAACUCAGAACACAACAAGCGCCGCCCCCACCUCCACCACAACCACCGGCAGAGGCUCCAUCGUAACCUGAGGAAAUCUAGUAAUAGAGCUGGUGGCGCAGGCCAUGCUAGUCCUCUCACAUGGGCAAAAAACAAGGCGACAAGUUCUGAGAUUGAAGAACCCACGUCCCCAAAAGUCACAUGUGCUGGACAGAUUAAAGUAAGGCCUAAACCUAACACAUGCAAGAAUUGGCAAUCUGUUAUGGAAGAGAUUGAAAGGUUACAUAACAGCAAGAAACACAAGAAAAGACCUGCUUGGAUUGAAGCACUUGGAUUCAAGAAAGAGAUAAUGCAAUUCUUGACAUGUUUACGUAGCAUUCGAUUCGAUUUUCAUUGCUUCGGUACGUUUCCUACAGCAGAUAUAACCUCAGAUGACAACGACGACGAAGAAGAUGAAGAUGACCAACGGAAAAAUGAUGAGGAUAGUGAAACUUCAAGAACUGUAUUCUCCAAAUGGUUCAUGGUUUUACAAGAAAAUCAAAGCAAACAGUUCACAGAAAAGGAUAUCAAGGAGAAAAUUAAUAAAUCCAGACUAUCUAGUACUGAUGAUGAUGUGCCCUGUGCACCACCACCAAAUGCACUUCUGCUCAUGCGUUGUCGAUCUGCUCCUGCAAAAAGUUGGCUGGAGAAAAUAGAAGCAGAUAAAAAAGAAAAUGAUGAACAAGAGGAGGAAGAUGAAGAUGAAGAUGAAGAUGAAGACGAAGAGGAAGAGGAAGAGGAAGAAAAACUAACUCAGGAAGAAGAAGAAAAUGCAAAGAAGAAAGAAAAUUUAGUGGUGAUGCAAUACGGAGCAGAUUUUUACAAAAUUUCUUCUGAUGUUGCAAAGGAAACUUGGGUUGUGGGAGGAAUAAAGGAUUCACUAUCAAGAAGUCGCAGUUGGAAGAGAUAA